GCAAUGAUAAUGGCAGAAGGUCGAGCUGUUAUUGUUGUUCCAAUUUUUUGUUACUCAUCGACGCUAAUGUUCUGGGUGUUGAUGUGUCUGAAAACUAUUGUAUAAAAACUUUCUGGAUCAAGAUUAAUGUGGACGUAUCUGUGAUAUUUCUUGUAGGAUUAUAAGAAAAUAAUGCCUUGCUGUACACCCACUUGCCGAAAAUGGAGCGUAUUUGGUUUCGGUACGUUCUUUCUAGUCCUCGGUGUUGCCAUUAUCGUUUUUUGGAACAGCUUGGUCCAGUCGAUUAAAGAUCAGGAACUAAAUCUCGGUAACGAUGGUACGACGGAGUACAAAAUGUGGAAGGAAACGCCGAUUCCGAUGUACAUCGAGUUUUAUUUAUACAAUUGGACUAAUUGGAAAGAAGUCGUUGAUUCUAAAUGGUCGCUAAAACCGUCGUUUGAAGAACACGGUCCUUACACUUAUAACGAAAAACAUAUUCGUAAAAAUGUGAUAUUCAACGACAAUCACACGGUGACUUACAAGACCCAAAGGAUUUGGCAUUUUGCUCCCGAAAAGUCUAAAGGGUCCUUAGAUGACGUAAUAACGACACUGAACCCGAUUUUAGUUACGGUCGGUUCUAUGGUCAAGUACAAACACCCUAUUGUUAAAAUGGGCGUCAAUUUUUUUAUCAAAGAAAAGGGGGUUAAUUUAACAGUGACUAAAACAGCGCGGGAAUUUAUUUUUGACGGAUACGACGACCCGUUGCUGGAUUUAUUGAAGAAAUUACACAUGAGGCAUAUAAAUAUACCGUUCGACAAGUUUGCCUGGUUUAUUUCGAGGAAUGAGUCCAUUGAUUACGACGGCAUUUACAACAUGUAUGACGGCACCGACGACGUCCGAAAACUCGGAAGGUUCGCUUGGUGGAAUUACAACAACCAAACCGAAUAUUUCCCGAAUUAUUGCGGGGAAGUCAAUGGAACUAGCGGGGAAUUAUGGUAUCCAGUGGAAAACGACCAAUAUGCAGAAGUUUUUUCACCGGACACGUGCAGUACUUUAACUUUAGUCAAACAAGGAACGGAGGAAUUGCACGGCGUAGUGGGCCACAAAUUCGUGGGCGAUGAGAAAUUGUUUGAUAAUGGGACACGUUAUCCGGACAUGAGAUGUUUCAGUCCUGGGGAUGUGUUACCAAGCGGCGUCCGAAACGUGUCGCAUUGCAAGUUUGGAGCACCGGCGUUUAUUUCCUACCCGCAUUUUUACUUAGCUGAUCCGUACUAUAGGGAAGCUAUCACGGGAAUGACUCCCAACAAAACCGAGCACGAAUUGUUUAUUUCAAUUGAACCGGAAACCGGUAUCCCAUUACAUGCAAGAGUGGCAGCUCAGAUUAAUCUUCAUCUUGAAAAAAUCGACAGAAUAACGUUGUUGGAACACGUUGGGAGAGAGUAUUUGAUUCCGGCGAUGUGGUUUAAACAGUAUGCCGUUUUGAGCGAAGACUUGGCAAAUCAGGCUAAGAUGCUUAUCAUUCUUCCUGCUGUUGGUCAAUAUACCGGAAUUGGGGCUGUCGCCUUGGGUUCACUGCUUUUGAGCAUUUUUGGUUUUCUUACGUGGAAAAGUUACAGGAAAGGUAGAGAGGAGGAAACACUGUUGAAUCAGGAAGAAUUUUAAUACUCUGAUUUUUUAAUAGCCAGACGUAAAAUUGGAAUUUAGCAAUACUUGUAAAUAUUGAACAUUGCUGUGAUAUGUACUUGACCAUUUUGUGUAAGACUAGUGUGGGCAUUGAUUGCAUGUGUAUAUUCUGUAAAAUUAUGUACAUAGUACUUAAUUUGAAAUUCAUAAAUGAAUGAAUGAAAUAUAUUAUUUUUAGCCAGACAUACAAAACAUUGAAAAAUU